AUGUCUCUCACCACCAACGCCAAAAUUGCCCAAUUCCAUGGCUUUUUACACAAAUUGUCACAUGAGUCUCUGACCACGAGAACAAAAAUGGACGUGAACGUUUUCGUUCCUUCCUCAUCCAACAACAGAAUACCAGUCUUGGUCUACUUGUCUGGCUUGACUUGUACUCCAAAUAACGCCACGGAAAAGUCCUUUUUCCAAUACUUUGCUGCCAAGUACGGCUUUGCAAUUGUCUUCCCAGACACCUCUCCACGUGGAGCAAACAUAGCUGGAGAGGACGAUUCGUGGGACUUUGGCACUGGUGCUGGGUUCUAUGUGGAUGCCACGGUGGAGCCCUGGUCUAAAAACUACAACAUGUUUAGCUACGUUCAUAAGGAGCUUUUAGAAACACUUGCGGAAGCUUUCAAGGAAUUGGAUUUCGACAAUGUGUCUAUCACGGGCCACUCAAUGGGUGGUAUGGGGGCUCUCGCAGGGUUCUUGAAGAAUCCUGGCAAGUACAAGAGUGUUAGUGCUUUUUCCCCAAUUUGCAAUCCAACAGACUGCCAGUGGGGAGAGAAGAACUUCGGUAACUAUUUGGGAUCGGACAAAGCUCAAUGGGCUGCUUACGACCCUACUCAUUUGAUCAAGAAUUACAAAGAUGAGAACCAGCCCCCUAUUCUUAUUCACCAAGGUGACGCCGACAACUUCUACAAGACUCAAUUGAAGCCAGAAAAUUUUGUGGCUGCAGCUAAGGAGGCUGGCUACAAGGGAGGUGUCGAUUUGAACGUGGUGAACGGUUACGACCACCUGUACUUCUUCAUCAGCACCUUCGUCGAGGACCACGCUAAGCACCAUGCCAAAUACCUCGGUUUGUCGCAAUAG